AUGACUGCUAGUGAAGGAAGCUAUUACAUUUCAAUAUCCAAAUUUCUAAAUAUUGAAAGUCAUGAAUACGGUGGUGCUGUUUUUGGGCAAUUUUCAACGAAAACAGCACUCCACUUACUAGAUAAUACAUUUUACAAGUGCUUUGCUCAACAAGGCGGCGCAGUUUAUUACAUAUCUCCUCUUCAAUCAACAUUCUUUUCACAGAAAAAUUGCGUUGCUGAAUGUUCAGCAUCAAACUCAUUUAGUGGCUUCUUUGUUGCUUUAGAUCAGAAUUUAUUUUAUCAAAAUUAUAUAAAUUUCACGUCUUUUAUACAGUGUUCACAAACAUAUGAUAUUACUACGCAUACAGUAUGCAUAUAUUACGGAACUGUCACAUUAGAUUGCAGUAAUUAUACAGCAAACAAAGCAAGUCAAUUUUCAUCAGUUGAACUAUGCGGAUCAACACAAAAUUUUGCCAGUUUUAAUACAUUUGUAAAUAAUAACGGCGAUAAUAUUGUUUUUGGAGCACAAAUAAGCCAUGUUUUCAUGAGUUAUUCAAAUUUCGUUCAUAAUAACAUUUCAGAUACAGGAUAUAUCCUUAGUUUCGAAAGCAAUGUAAAUACCAUAACGCUAGAGAACUGUAUUUUCAUUGCUUUGGGUAAUUGCUCACUCAUGAAUGAUUAUGAGUCACAAAUUUCAACCAAAGACCUUUCCAUAGAUCCUUUAAUUAAUAUAUCCAAUGUUAACCUUUCAGUAGAUCCAAAAAUUGAAGUUGCAAGCACUUAUAAACUGAAAUUUGUAAAAGCGAAGUAUUGCCAUGCAGAUGAUGGAGUUUCCAGGAGCUUUGCCAUCGAAAUAACAGGAAUUGUCUUUGCUUCUUUGUUUAUUAUACUUCUUAUUAUUACAAUUAUUAUUUUCUGUUGUGCAAGGAGUACAACCAUGCAGGAAGUUAACCUUGGACCUCUCAAAAUCAAAUAG